AUUUCACUUUCACCCUGAUUCAAGAUGGAUCUGCAAUUCUCAGUUUUUCUUCUGUUUGUUCUUUUCACCACAGGACAAUCUAUUGACUGUUAUGAGUGCGUAAGUGUAACAGAUUCAUGUGCAGACCAAAAGGUAAAAACAUGUCCUGAAAGUCAACACUGCUUCAGCUCAACAUCGCUGACACAACUCGGAGGAGACCCUAAUAUUACUAAAACAAAAGUUAAAGGUUGUAUCCUAUCAUAUGGCUGUCAACCUGGGUACACAAACUUCAACAGUUUAAAUAUCUCUUUUGUCUGCUGUGACACCAACCUCUGUAAUGCCAAAGAUGCUCCAGAACCUGCAGUAGAUUCCAGUUCAGUCAUCCCCAAUGGAAAAGCAUGUUACACUUGUUACGGACAGAACUGCUCAACAAUAAUGAGCUGCUCAGGGAGUGAAGACUACUGCAUAACAGCAACAGGUAAUUUUGGAGGCCUAUCGUUUACUUCACAAGGCUGUGCCUCUAAAGCCGUUUGUGAUGGCGCACUAUCACUAUCACCAUCAUAUCGUGGUCAGGGCAUCUCCUGUUGUUCAGGGAAUCUGUGUAACGGAGCUAAAAGUGAAACCCUGAGUCUCCUGUUUCUCUGCUUUUCUCUGAUCUCCUUCAUCCUGAUGCUCUGAAUCCAGAAGCUCAGAUUGAAAUCAAAUGUACUUCACAAAUAUAUAUAUAGCUGGUAGUUUUGCAGUACUAUACAGUGCUCAGCAUAAAUGAGUACACCCCUCACAGGUCUCUCUUUUAAAUUAAUAUAUUCUAUAGGAUGCUUUACAGUAAUAUAUUUGUGCAUUUACCUUAAAUUUGACAGUGCCAAAGCCCAAACUGGUACUAAUAACAAAAAACCGAAGUCCAAAAAUUAGUGCAAACAAAUAAAUAUGUUGAGGAAAAGAUACUAAAUAAAAUUUUUAUAAAUAGAAAAAAAAAAAUCAAGAGAAACAUAAAAAAUAUAUGAAAAUUUUGUUUAAAUUUUGUAGUUUGCAUGUUUUUUUCCUAAUAACUAGGCCCACACGGAAACUGCGCGAGCAGAAUUUCACAGAUUUCCGCAGAUUCAUCAUUGAGUGUAUUUAUUUACUUGUGUAAAUUUUAAUUUAUUCAGUUUUUAAAUUAAUUUCAGUCAUAUAAUUGACUAAUAUAAAAAUGUUCAAAUGAUUUAUUUACAAUGCAGUUUGUACAGUAAUAUUUUCUGUCUUUUAGUAGACAUAUUACAUGAGAGACUCGCUUUGUUUACCAAUGUAUAAGUAGGUCCAAUUGGAUUUGUAUUGUAAACAUUAAAUAACAGUUAAAAAUGUUUAUUUAAUUUUUUAUUUAACAUAUUAAGUUUUUAAUUACGAUACUCCCAAAAUCAUUCCGCAUAAAUCCACAGAUUAUCUACAAAAUUCUGCGCAGAAAUGGCAAAAAACUUCCGCAGAUUCUGUCUGGCCCUACCAACAAACAAUUGAAAUUAAAUGUGUUAUUCUUCUAUUCCUAAAGAUAUUAUGUGACCAAACUCUUAUUUUAAUGGAUAUAACCGUUUAACGAAACAGUUUUGUUUAGCUGCACCAAAAAAAAAAGUCAUUGAUUAUAUUCAAUGAGAAAUGGAUAAAAGUAUUACUUUUCAAAAGAGGGUGUACUCAGUUAUGUUGAGCACUGUAUUUAGAGCUCUGAUGUUAUGAACGGAAAUUUUGUUUUCACAUUGUAAUCGUAAAGCUGUAAGUGUUAAUAAAAUGUUAAAUACAA